CCGAACUAAAGUGCAAAACAUGAAAUUCGCAACGAUCGCUUUAUUCAUGGUUGUGCUGCUCUUUGCAGUUAGCGAGGCAAGCAUCAUACCUGCCGAGCAUUUGGAUGGCAAUCACUUUUCCGAAUGCAUUCAGAAGUACCAAUCACUGGUUACUGAAUAUUCGAACCUCGAGCAAGAAGCCAGGCAACAUAUGAUUGACUGUUUCCAAGAUGGCACCCAAUGCCUUAAGCAUUAUGCGCCCAUUAUAGCCGCGAUCAACCAACGCAUGGCCACGGUAGAUGCAAAAAUUAGUUAUUGCUGGCUAUAUGGAGUUGAUUCAGAACCCGAAGCCUCUACAAGCACGUCCAGUACUGACUCUCCAGCAACAGAAGACACUACCGACUCUACUGCAACUAGUAGCCCAACUGGACCUGUGACCAUUACCGAUUGCUUGAACAGUUACCAACCACUAAUUGCUGACUUAACGUCCAAGGAGAAAGCUGCUUUUAACCAAAUGGUCGAUUGCAUGACUGCAGGCAAUUCGCAUGCGUUUUGCUCCGAUAAAUAUGAGCCUGUUAUAGAUGAGAUCAACUCCAGUAUCUCAGCCGUUCACCAAAAAUUUACAAUGUGUUUGGAAGAAGCUGAGUCUGAGCGUAUUUAAUUUGAUCAAUGCUUCGAUGCUGUCGGGAUCACUAUAAUGUCUAACGUUAUCGAUAUUUUCAUUUAAUUAAUUAGAUAUUUCAAAGUAAUUAGAAAUCAAUUGUAUAAACAGA